AUUUAACAAUGAGGAGCACAGAGGAGUAUGAGAAGAAAAAAACACUUUGGAAAUGGUGCAGGCUAGCAACCAGUGCAGGAAUGACAACAAAAGCUGUGUGAGAACAGUAAGCAAAGCAACAGGCUUUAGAAACAUACAAGCAGGUUGUUUCUUGCAUGUACAACUUGUAUUCUAAGCAGGAAGCUGACAAAUUAUUAUUCUCGUAAGACAUCUAAAUGUUUCAAGUCCUUGAAGGAGCAUGCUGAAUCACUUUGCACUGCUGCGGGGCCCUGGAAUCACACUGCUUUGCCUGCUGGAAUUGGAAUAGAUUUCUGAGAAGGAUCGUUGGUGAAGUUCUGCCAUGAAAGAUGUCAAAUCUGUCCCUUUUGAGCCGAGGGAGUGCGCAGGUGGUCAAAACCACACAAGAAAAGAUUGAAGUCCACUAUGAUCCAGAGGACUACUUCAACUGGAGGUCCUAUAACAAUUUUCAGACCAAGAGAUUUCUGCGUGGUGGAUACUCUUCAAAUCGCUUCUGGGAAGUUCUUCCUCCCAAAACCUAUAGCACAAAGAAAGGAGCCUUAGUUCUAUUUUCUGAAGAUCUAGCCUUGCCAUGGUGGUACAGAGUAAACAACAAAUGGGUCCAGAGACGCCAUCGGUUAAAACGGAAUAAGCUUCAGCUGGAGCUUAACACCCUGCAAGAUUUGACUGAAGCCAUUUUAGCUUAUGGAAGGAAACAGAAAACCAGCAGUGACCAGCAGCCAUAUCUGCAUAUUCUACGAGAAGAAGAGACCCAAAAUGACAGACAGAUCCGACCCGGGUAUUCACCCAAGAGAUAUCUCAUCCGUCUCUUUGAAACAUGGGAUCCAAGCACAAUUUAUAACCUGCAGCAAGCAGGGAGCCUUAGGAAUUCUGUGAGACUUCAACCGCUCACAACCAAUUAUGCAGCAAGCGGCAGGAGGCAUCAAGAUCUGUCGUCUGUACCCCUAAAGUAUCAGUGUCCAUCUGCCUUUCUGCCUCAUCCCAACCCUCACUGGAAUCAUGAUGAUUUGUUCACCACUUCAGGACGUUUUACCCCAGUGCAAGAAGAAAAUGAGAAUGAAGAAGAAUUGGUCCAUGAUGUAGAUAUUGCUGAAGAAUCUCGGAAAAAGAAGUCGGCCUUUCCAGUAACUAAUAUAGAAGCACUACAGAGUUCUGAUGCAGAUACUGUAGAUACAUAUAAAAGAAAGAACACAUGGAGAAGGAAGGGGAAACAACUGGAAAGCAGUCAAGUUAACAAUGAAGUCACAAGUGAUAUCUCUCAACAUCCAUUUUUUCAUAUUGACGGAUCUCUAGAGAAAAAUAUUUCUGAAGCAACUCAAGUCAAGCCUCACUUUACUUUUUAUGGUGGGCCUUUUACUGGAAGAAGGAAAUUCCAGCAAGAUGAGGCAGGAUUCUUGCCACCUAUUUCCCAAUUUGUGGGAUCAGAUACUGGAGCAAAAAAGGAAUCCAUCACAAAGCGGGACUCUUUUAAGUUGCCCCCAAUUUUUGAUGAAAUAUCUAGAGCUCCAAAACGCAAGAGGAGAUGCCAAGCAACUGAUCCACCAAAGGAACUUUUAGUUAUCCCUCUCUUAAUUCAUUUCCAACCUCAGCAGCCAAAACAAGAGGAAAAGCCCAACAGAGCAGGUAAAUCCACUCAAGAUUAUUUAGAGAGUCAAGAUAUUGUUAAGGAAAAUAGAGAUGUUCCACCAUUGGCUGAAGAUGUUCAUAUGCGGUUACCUGAGAACAAAAUUAAUACUCUACAGAUGGACAUUGAGUGGAAUGCACAUCAGCAUGCAGAUGGGGAUCUCCUGCUCAUGCAUGAAGCCCCACCACUAGGAUCUCUACCCCCUAUAAAUGGAAAGAAAGGACCAGGGAACCAGAGCAGUAUGGCAAAUUUAAAGGCGACCAACAUGAGUAAUAGCAACUCGACUGGGCCGAAGACCUUACCAACAGGAAUUAUAAGAGGGUCACUACCAGAGGAACUCAAAGAGUGCUGUAAGAAUAACUCUAUGGGCAGCUUGAUAAUGAGCCCUGAUGGAGAGAUUGUAUGUCUGUCACUCUUGGGUUCAGCAAGGGAUGCAGAUGUUCCUGUCCGCUUUGACUUCAUUCCCGAGGAAGAAGACAAUGAAGAAGAAGAAGAAGUAGACAGUCUUUCACUGGAAUCCAAGGGUCAGGAAGAACAAUGGCCUUCUAAUCAGCAGGACAUGGAGCAAGGAGCUGAUGGUCGCAAAACGUUAUCUGUGCAUAUCCCUACGAGCUCUCCAGAGGAAGCAGCACCUGUGCCAAUUCACCGAAAGGACAAGAAAAAGCAUGGAGCUCCUCCAAGACCUAAUCCACCUGAAGAUGAUGCAAAAACAUCCAAACAAUUGACUCAAGGAGAAAGAAGCAAGAACAGAAGGGUGAAAGAAGUAGAUUCAGCAGUACAUGAACAGGGAUCAAUGGCAGACAUGACUGAACCUCCUCCUGUUCAUACAGUCACUGCUUCAUCAAAAAGAGACUCCAUUUGCACAGAUCAAACCAACGCUUCUUCUGCUUCUUCUCGUAGAACAUCAGGAGCCAAAUUUUCUCCAGACACAGCUUCUGAGGCAAAAGGACAAGAUGAGUUUUCCAACGAUAAACAGGCGCUGUCCACUGAAACCUCUGGAAGAAUGUCUCCAAUCAACAACAAGCAAAAAAUGCAAAAUAUGGAAUCAGAUGUUCAGGGUCUUUACCAGAAGAGCAGCAGAGAAGAUAAGAUUGUCCAAGGGAGUCCGGCAAAGAAGCCAGACUAUCCAAGAAUAAAGUCUGAAUUCCAGAAAGAAACUUCAAACAGUGAAACCAGGAAGAAAAUUAGAGAGCAGGGUAUAGCAGCAGAGAAAAAUCUGAAUCAUGAGGUCACAGCUCCCCCUUCUGUCCAGGGUCAACAUAGCACCAAGUCGGAGGAAACAAAUAAAAAAGGUCCAAUGAAGGAACAAAGUAAAAAACAGAAAGCAUUGGAAGCCACAGAGAAAAGGCAGUCAGAGCCCAGCGGAGAAACCACUGAAAUUUUGAAAAGUUUGGGUAAAGUACCCAAUGGCAGCCGGGAGAAGCUUCCUACUAUUCCAUCCCAAGCAUUGCAAGAUAUUGGAAAAGUACCAAAUCAAAAUGAGCAGAAGGCAAUGACAGAGGAUGAGGAGAUGGAGCUCUUAGAACAAAUUGCCAGCAAUACAAUGAAAGAGACAUCAAAAAUUAAAGAGAAGAAAAAAAAUCAGAAGGCACAAAAGUCAUUGAAAACACCAACUGCCGAAGCCAAAAAGACAAAACAGAAAGACACAAAGAAACAGGGGAAAGCAGCAUUUGUUGUUGGGCAACCUAAAGAGAAGAAACCCGAAGAAAUUCCUUCUCCUAUGAAACCUACAGGAGUUCUCAAUAGGCAGGAAACCAUCACAGAAUCGUCAGACUCCAAUCAUAAGAAACAGAAGAAUGACAUUCCAGAAAUUGAAGUUGAAGUACCAUCCUUGACAGUGGUGACACCAGAAAGAAGCUCAACACCUGCAGACUCUGAAGACCAUCUUCUUUCUGCCCCAGAUGGUGAAGACAUUGAGAUUUUGGAUCCAGUGGCAGAACAAUCAGCCACUGACGAUAAACAGAUGGCUGAAACUUCAAAAGAAGUUUUGAGCCAGCCCUCUGAAUAUGACUAUGCCCAUAGUGAGACAUCAGAGGCCACCACUACUUCCCUGCGUAGACAGAGAUCUUCACGAGUCCAGGAGUUGUCAGAUAAAGCUGAGAGGAGGAGAAUUGAGGUGGAAAGGAAGAGAAAAGAAAGGGAGGAACAGUUGCGGCUGGAGCAGGAGCAACAGGAGAGGAUGGAGAAAAUGAAAACUGAGCUGGACCAGGAACAGCAAAGAAGGGCAGAAGAGAUUCGCAUGAAGAAACACCAUGAAGAGGAGGAAAAGAGACGCCAGGAGCAAGAGAGGGCUAGAAGGUUACAGCUGGAACAGCAAGCACUGGAGAGAGCACGCCAACAACAAGAGGAACACAGAAGGAAACUCCAGGAAAUCCAUAGGCGCAAACAACAGGAGGAGCUAGAGAGAAUGGAAUUAGAACGUCAGAGACAAAUGCAAAUUGAGCGUGAGGCUGCAGAGGAGCACCUUCGGCUGCAGGAUAUGGCAGCAGAAGAGAGGGAGGAAUACAAAAGGAAGAAACAGGAGAAGGAGGAACAAGCUAGGCGAGAAGCUGAAGAGAAGAGGAGAAAAGCAGAAGAAGAAGCUAAAGCUGUUAUGGAAGAAGCUCGAAGACAAGCACAACUGUUAGCAAGGCAAACAGCUGCCUUGGAGAAACAGUUGCAGUUUAACAAGGGACUGCUAAAGGAAUCAGUCGGACUGGACCAGACCCAGGGUGUUUCCAAACCUUGGGUGUUCUCUUAUUUUGAAUUUAUUGAGCUGCCAUUAUUACCACUGUCUGUUCAGGGUGACUAAGAUGGGCCAAAAAAUUACUCUAGAAUUCAGCUAGGCCAAGCUUGAACUUGUGAUCUAGGCACUGGGUAUACCUGAUAACUAUAUUCUCUACAUGUAUUUGCACUGUGUGCUGGCAGUGGUACAAGAAGUGUUUAGGCUAUUCCCUUCUACAAACUAACUGCUUUUGCAAUAUUUGUUUUAAAAAUGGUCAUCUACAGAACUCUGGGUAAUCUGUGCAAUACUGAAUCAUUAAAACCAGUUUGAUAUAGGA